AAAGCGCGAUCACAAUGCCAGUAAAUCACAUGGCAUUAUCUACCAGUCAACAUAUUUUUGAGCAAUAAAUGUAAUAAUUAGGUAAUUAUAGUUGGACGGAAUUGAGAAUGGUCUCAAAAUUACCAUUUUUAUUGAUUUUUAUUUUCGUAAACCAGAAAAACGAAAAACGUAGACAAAAGCUUCAGUUAGAAGUUGCUCCAGAAACUUUGUCAGAAUUUUAUCUUUUAUCUGACUGACAGACUGACAGAUCUCUAUUUGGCACAAAAUUCAAAAAUGGCAAAAUUGAAAAAUGUUAUUUAAAAUAUUAAUUUAACUUUAAAAAUGACUAAAGUAAAUUGAUAACUCCACCUCAACGAUGUAAAAACUUGUUUCAAUGUUAUGCCUGCUUUUUAAGUUUUUCUGCAAAUUCAACGCUGAAACCACAGUUCAGCCCAAGUAGUAUUUCAUUAUGUUAAUGGACCUUGAAGCUUACGAGACAGAUGAUGAGUCUACGUAUUCAUUCACAAAUGUUCAAAAUGAGAGGAGUUCUGGGGAGCAAGCUAAAGUUAAGGAAAGUGAUUUAGGUGACUACCUGGACCCAGACCUUACCCUUGCGUGCCAGACGAAGAAGGCUGAUCCAUUCUGUGUGCGCUCGCGUCCAGCGUCGUCGAAGAAAGUGGACAACGAGCAGAAAGCCAUAGAUGCUAUUAACUGCUCUCAAUGUAAAGAUUCUGCGGAACAGCUAUAUCAUGUCAACUAUGAUACUAUAUUAAAACUCAAAGAAAGCACAAGGAAGCUGCUUUGUGUUCUAGAAGAGAUACAAUCCAAAACACACGCUAAGAAUUUUAAUCCCAACGAUGCCUUCAACUUGAGUAAACUUUUGAAACCUAUCCCCCAAUCAAAUGAGUUGCCGUCCGUCACUGAUGUAAUCGGAGCUAACGCAAUAAAAAAACUUGAAGCACAAGCCAAAACUUUGGAUUCAAUUUACAUACAGGAAGAAGAAGACGACUGUUCAAUAUACAAAAGGCUGACUAGAAAGUGUCACUGUAUGAACCAACACGAGUACAAUGACUUCAUCAUACACUUCAACGAAGACACGAAGUACCGCACCAGUAUGGCGGGAGAAAUCAUCAAGAACUUGCGAAUACUCAAAAAGUUUCUGUACAUGAAUGGAGGAUACACUAAAAAUGCGCUUUUAUUUUUAAAUGAAGGUCUUUCAGAUUGCUCGCACACUGAAAAAGUUGAAAUAACCCAAGGCUGCGCCCAUGCUGAUUUAUGCAACGUAUUCGAUGAGCAUUCCAUAGUUGUAAAUUACAUUUCGUGGCCAUGUAAAAACGACUAUUAUGGAGAUGCUGUAACUCAGGCAUUAACAGCUGGAUUUCUUUAUAAGCUUGCGCAGCUUGAAGAAGGAAGAAGAUACUUAAAUUUCAGUUCAAAGGUUUCUAACGAUAUUAAGAAAGUCAUCAGAAAAAAGUCUGCGUUUAUAGAAUUCGAGACGGUAGAAUCUCUAAAUGCCACCCUAAACUUGUUGAAUCCACCGUUGAGUCAGAAUAUAAAUGUAACCUACUACUGCAAGCCAAUUGAUGAAGGUGUUGGAAAGAAAACAGUGCACACUUUGGUACAAUAUCGGCAGUUCAUGACAUUAGACGAAGUUUUUACACAUUUGGAACUUUUGCACAAUAUGAGCAACCGAGAAUCGGGGAAGUUCGAACUGAUGUCGUUUUUACCAACUUUACUGCUUUUGUUCAAGCGACUGCUCUUGGAGUUCGAUAACAGUGAAAUGAACAUAUUAGUGACGAAUAUACUGAAUAACGUUGUAUCCAAAAAUGUAGUUAAAGAAAAGGAUUCGGAUUCGCCUAAAACUCUUAUAAUCGCUGACACAGCAACUGAGCCUAUUCAAAUGAAGACUCAGACAUCCCAAAUUCCGAUAAAGAAAGGUAAUACAAGAAAAACUAACAAAUCAAAAUUAUGUUUGGGUAUAACUCCUCAUAAAUUCCGAAACCCUUCAAAACGCAAAGUUUCAGAGCGUCAAUCUGCCCAUCCUGAACCUCCAUCAGUUUCUAAUUUUGAUGCUUCAGGAUUACUCAGUAGAUCCAGAAAGUUCAGUAGAGAUGUAAGAAGUUCUGUAAUAGUGGUCCCCAUUGAAGAAAAAAUCGAAUUAUUAUAGAACAAAUUAUACAUGUAUUUACUCAAAGUAAAAAGAAAAGCAUAUCACAAACAAACAAAUUGCUAAAGUAACAAGUAUAAAAUCUAAAGUCUAAUAAACUCAUAAUAUAAGUCAGUCACUCAUAAUCUAAGGGUACUGUGUAAACCCAGGGUCUCUGGCAUAAUCAAUAAAUUAUACCAGAUUGUGAUAAAUCAUACCAGGGUGUA